UUGCAGGUUUUUAUCCGGGAAUUAAUCUCAAACGCCAGCGACGCCGUUGAACGUCUAAGAUUUCUCCAAACAAGCGGAACUGCCGCUGCUAUUGAAGGGCCCUUAGAAAUACACGUUCAAACAGACGAAGAAAAACGUCUGUUAAUUAUUCAAGAUAACGGCAUUGGAAUGACAGCCGAAGAAAUGGAAACUAACUUGGGUACAAUUGCAAAGUCGGGAAGUCGUGAAUACGUGGAAGUUUUCUCGCGUAGUCAAAGUUCGACUAAAAAUUAUGAAUCUGGCGGCCAUGUUUGGAAUUCAAAGGGAACCACAGGAACCUUCGAAAUAGGAAAUGCUGAUAACGUCUCUCCUGGUACGAAAAUAGUCCUGCAUCUCAAGGAAGACGCGGCCGACUUUUGCAAGCAGUCAGUUGUUGAGUCUAUCAUUCGAAAAUACAGUAACUUCAUUGGGGUGCCCGUGUUUCUUAAUGGCAAACAGCAAAACGUCGUCGAACCUCUCUGGUGUAAGGACCCUUCUAAGGUCACUGAGGAGGAGUACGCUUCUUUCUACCGAUUCCUUUCUGGAAAUGCUUACGAUUCGCCACGUUAUCGAACGACCUUCCAGACAGACUCCCCGAUAAACUUAAGAGCACUGCUUUUUGUCCCCUCCAUGAAACCUACCAUUUUCGAAAUGGCAAAGGAUGGGGAAGCUGGAAUUUCACUCUACAGUCGAAAAGUUCUCCUCAUGAGCAAGGCUGAAAAACUUCUGCCCAGAUGGCUACGCUUCAUUAGAGGCGUUGUAGACAGCGAAGAUAUCCCUCUAAAUUUGAGUCGUGAACUGCUUCAGGAUCACGGACUUAUUCAUCGAAUUAAUCGUAUUUUGACGGCCCGAAUUCUGCGCUCUCUCCUUACCGAGGCUAAGCGCAACCCUAAAGAGUUUUCCAAAUUCCUGGAAGACUUCGGUCUCUAUCUCAAGGAGGGAAUCGUUACAGAGACUGAUCAGUCCACCCGUGAGAACAUUGCUAAAGUUCUGCGAUAUGAGUCCAGCGCCCUGCCUGCCGGCCAACUUACCAGCUUUGAUGAAUACGCGUCGAGAAUGCGUGCCGGCGAACGCAACAUCUAUUUCCUGUCUGCACCAAAUCGUCACCUGGCAGAAGCCUCGCCCUACUUUGAGGCGAUCCGAAAGAAAUCACCCGAUACAGAGGUUCUUUUCUUAUACGAGCCGUACGACGAACUCGUUCUAAUGAAUCUCGGACAGUAUGACAAGAAGAAUCUCAGUUCAAUAGAAAAAUUCCUGUCAGAAGAUGCGUCGAACACCGACACUGUUACUCGACGUUUGACCUCACAUCCUUGCUUGGUGACUAUCCGCGAGGCUGGCGCUAUGCGGCACCUUCUGCGUACAUCAUUAGCCAACAGGCCUGCGACCGAAAAGUACCAAGCCAUGGAGCCCGUGCUGGAAUUGAAUCCUCAACACACUCUCGUUCAGUAUCUCUAUAAACUGACUUCCACAGACUCACAAGAGGACAAGGUCUUGGCCACUGCCCUCAUCGACUGUCUAUUUGACAAUGCGAUGGCUAACGCUGGCCUUCUUGAGGAGGUACGCGAGAUGACUGAGCGAACUACGCAGCUGCUCACGCUGCUUGUCCAACGAUUUUCCGGGCCGAAGACUACAUAA